CUCCGUUCAGUCCUCCACUCACUCCUUCAUUGAUAAAAGCGACAACGCUAUGCACUCAGUGAAUGAGUCUGACAAAGAAGUAAUAGCGACCUUCACCCAUUCGUCCAUGGACGGAUACAUUAGCAAAGCCAUUCAAAGCCAUUCAAACGCACUCUGUCCCCCUCCACGACCCACACACUGUCCACUCAGCAUACGUCAACACAGCAGCUAUCGAUCCAGCAGCACUCACCACAGCAUGAUGAGGUCGCUGAGUGCUGUUGGAUGACUGAGUGAGUGAUGACAAUAAAACAUGCAAACACCCCAGCCAAGGGUGAAAAAAUGCCAAGAUGGCACACAGGGAAGCUGCAAAGAAGCACUCAAAUGAGUCAGGCAGCGACCACCAUCCAUCCCCACAUCAAAAUCACCCCACCUUGUCUGCCACCACAAUCAACCCUGCCCUCAUCUAUCUGUUUGCCUGUCUCAUGUCAUCCGCAGCAAUUUGAAUGUCUCCCUGCCGUCCCGCCCCCUCUCGGCCCACCCCACCGCCCCCCACUCCACCGCAGCCACAUCCUUGCUGAAGCCGUUGUCGAUCUCCCCCGCCAUCUCCCACUUGGCCGCCUCGUCCAGGAUGGCCCGCUGCACCACCUCACGCAACUCCAUCUUGCGGCCACCCACACCGCCCACCACAAAGCACUGCAGCUGCGGCACACGCACCACAUGGCCGCCCACAUCGGCCGUCCCGCCCACCACCUCCCUGUUGCUGUUGAUCUGGUACACUGCCGACUUGACGAAGUGCUCCGCUGCCGCACAGACUCGGCGGGCCAUGUCGCUGUGCCGCACACCGAUGGCUUCACCGAUGGCCUCCUGGGCGGCAUCCAUGUCGAAGAGGUAUGAGGCGAUGCGCCAGCCGAAGAUGGGGGCCUCCUGCGGGCCGACGGCCAGCCGGGGGGUCAGGAGGGCCGCGAGGGAGCGGUGGGGGGCGAGGGCGGCGUUGACGGCGGCCAUGACGGCAGUGGGCAGCUCGUUGAGCACUGCAGCGUACUCGGUCAGCACCAGCUGGCGCUGACGGCGACGCCCCUCUAUGGCCGCAGGAAGCCAUAGAAAAGCAGAGCUGGUUGUGGUGAUGCUGGUGAUGUCGGCCCCGGUGAUGUCGGCCCCCGCCCGCAGCAGCGUGCGGAUGGUCAUCUUGCGGUUGGCCAUCUCGGCGUCGUCCUCAUUCUGGGCCUGCAGGCGCUUAUCGAGCUCGUAGGCAGCCCUGGCGAGGGGCGUGUCGCCGCCGUUUUCGGCCCGUCUGUCGAUCUGGUCAGCGGGCAGCUUGCGGCAGAGGUAGUCGGCCACGUAGGGAGAGCCAUACUCUGCCGCGUAGUGCAUUGGCGUCUCCCCAAAGCCGGCAUCGACUGCCGUCAUGUCGGCGCCGUUCGCGGUGAUGAGGUCCAGGUAGCUGUCGAUGAAGGGCUGGGGAUAUUGCCCUCGCGUCAACAUGGCUGCCGCGUCCACCAGGUUCUCGCCAUAGCUUUCUUCGGUGGCGAGGGUGGGGUCUCGUGUGAUGAGUCGCUCAUACAUCGACAGCAGCACCUGCAGAUACUCGGCGGUGGGCUCACGCCGGGGACGGGGCAGCUGCAACACCAUGUCUGUGCCGUCUGCUGCGCGCAGGUCAAUGUCGUGACGAGCCACCAGCAGGAACACGUCAAAUGCCCUUCGGUUGCCCAGUGCGAUCGCCACCCACAAGGGCUUGCUGCACUGUGGGUGAGCGUCUGUUGUGUUGAUGUCGGCGCCUCCGUCGAGCAGUGCGGUGAGGAUCUCCGCCUGCAGCCCAUCUGACGACCACUUUGGCAGGGCCACGAAAGCGCAAGCACCACUGCCUGCUGCAUCGAUGGUCAUUACGCUGUAGGCCGUCUGGUUGUCAACGGCGAGACAGAGCAGUGAGUGGGCGAACCCAUGACGCUUGCUGCCCUUCUUCCGCAGCCGAGGCAUGACAUCUGGGUCGGCGCCGUCCUGCCGGAUGAGGGCGGUCACUCGGUGUGGGUCGAUGAUGGUGCGGCCGAUGACGCCCAAUGCCAGCUGCUUUGUGGCCUCGUUGGUGCCGAGGGGGAAGCGCGCCUCGAUGUCAGUGGGGCCCACACAGCCGUCAGGGACAGUCACGCCAGUGGCCACCACCACAUGGUGACCUGCAGUGCACAGCCACCACACGACGGAGGCACACAGUGAGUGUGUGUAUAGCAUUGUCACAUCUGUCUGUCGUCGUCGGAUGAGUCACCCUCCGCCUCACCAUCAUCACCAUCCGCCUCCUGCAUGGCAUCCCGACACCACAAAGGGGCAAGCACAAACGUGACGGACAUCGAAUCGCAUUGACUCGUGUUGUGUUCGUGAGUGAUUGAAUGAGUGCCUCACCGGUUCGCUCUCAGCUGCUGCUGCUCCUGCCUGUGCAUUUCGCUCCUCGUCAGCCAUCCCGCCCUGCUGCUGCUGCUGCUGCUGCUGCUCGUCUGACCGCAGACACAGGCGACGCACCGACAGAGAACACAUGAGUGUGCUGUGCUGCUGGUGUGUCGACUGAUCUGUGUGGCAUGAUCUGUCAGUUACUGACCAUCGACGCCAUUGCGAUUGUCGUCCUCUGCUGGUCCGCCGCCGCCAUGCCCCUCCUCGUCUACGUCGCCUGCAGACACAGUGAAACGCACGACCGCAUGAAACGCAUCAUGUGGCGGGAUGUAUUUGGUUGUGGUGUACCUGCAUCGCCAUCGGCAUCGUCCGCCGUGGCAGCAGAGGGCACGCCGAUGCCGUAAGACUCAGACAUCACUCAAACACGCACCUAUUAACCGCUGCAUCCACCACACAAAGAGAAAACCAUGAAAUGGGCUUAUGCCCCCCUGGAAGCUUUGUGUCUGUGCCUGCCCACCUAUCGUGUGUCGAAU